AAGAAAGCGGCUCCUGCUGCAGAUACCCCGUAAUCGUCUUGGGAGUUUUGCUUCGCCACUUGAAACUGCAGGAGAAAGAAGAAUCUAGCAAAAUAUGGCUACGGAGGGCCCUGCCACACGUCGAGUCCAGGUGGCAGAACAUCCCAGAUUGCUGAAGCUAAAGGAAAUGUUUACCUCUAAGUUUGGAUCUCUUCCCAAGUUUUAUGUUCGAGCACCAGGAAGAGUCAACAUAAUAGGAGAGCAUAUAGAUUACUGUGGAUAUUCUGUUCUUCCUAUGGCUAUAGAACAAGAUAUAUUAAUAGCUGUGGAACCUGUGAAAACACACACUCUCCACUUGGCCAAUACAAAUCCCUUGUAUCCGGACUUCAGUACUAGUGCCAGUAACAUUCAGAUUGACAAAACCAAGCCUCUGUGGCACAACUAUUUCCUCUGUGGAUUUAAAGGAAUUCAGGAACACUUUGGUCUUAGUAAACUGACUGGAAUGAACUGCCUGGUAGAUGGAACUAUCCCACCAAGUUCUGGCCUCUCCAGCUCCAGUGCUUUGGUCUGUUGUGCUGGCUUGGUGACGCUCACAGUGCUAGGAAUGAACCUAUCCAAGGUGGAACUUGCAGAGAUCUGUGCCAAGAGCGAGCAUUAUAUUGGCACUGAAGGAGGAGGCAUGGACCAGUCCAUAUCAUUUCUUGCAGAAGAAGGAACUGCCAAGUUGAUAGAAUUUAAUCCUCUAAGGACAACUGAUGUGAAACUCCCAAGUGGAGCAGUGUUUGUCAUUGCCAACAGUUGUGUGGAAAUGAAUAAGGCAGCAACUUCCCAUUUCAAUAUCAGGGUGAUGGAGUGUCGGCUGGCUGCAAAGCUCCUGGCUAAGUACAAAAAUUUGCAAUGGGAUGGAAUACUGCGGCUGGAGGAGGUACAGACCAAACUAGGAGUUAGUCUGGAAGAAAUGCUGUUGGUCAUAGAGGAUGCCCUUCACUCUGAACCCUAUAGCCCUGAGGAGAUCUGCAGGUAUUUGGGAAUUAGCCUGGAGGAUCUCCAAACCCAAAUCCUGAGUCCAAACACUCAAGAUGGUGAGUCUGCUGGAAUGCUCAUUUUCAAACUCUACCAGCGGGCAAAGCAUGUAUAUAGCGAGGCUGCCCGAGUCCUCCAAUUUAAGAAGAUAUGUGAAGAAGCACCUGAUAACACGAUCCAGCUGCUGGGAGAGUUAAUGAACCAGAGUCACAUGAGCUGCCGGGACAUGUAUGAGUGCAGCUGCCCUGAGCUGGACCAGCUGGUGGACACCUGUCGGAAGUUUGGCGCUCAAGGGUCACGACUUACUGGAGCAGGAUGGGGAGGCUGCACAGUAUCAAUAGUACCUGCUGACAAGCUGCCCAGCUUCCUAGCAAAUGUGCAUGAAGCUUAUUACCAGAGGAGUGAUGGAAGCUUAGCACCUAACAAGCAGAGUCUGUUUGCUACCAAACCUGGAGGCGGGGCUUUGGUUUUCCUUGAGGCCUAAACAACGUAAAAAAUCUCCGAGAAACUAUUGAGGGCAUUUAGGAACUGGUAGGACUUCCUAUGCCACGGUAAAUUAAUCUUCUUUCUGUUUUGUAUUAUGAGAAUGAUUGCUACUAUCAAGAUAUACUUCCAGAGAAACAGGUGAAAGCUCUCUGUGAUACUUCAUAAUGAUUAUUUUUCCAUCUCAAAA